UCAUUAUUUGAUAGAAUAUGGUUUUUAAAAAUGUGUUUAUCUCCUGUCCAGUAGGAGGCGGUAUUGCACCUGAAAUCUGGCCGGAUUAGAAGAUUGUUGGGGAAAAAGGAAAGGAAUUUAAAUAUUGGAUAGCUGCAGUAUUUAAAGUUCAUGAUACAGAAUUUAGUCCAACAUUACUGAGGCCUUUAAAACUUACGUUGAUGUACGUAAAUCAUUAUUAGUUUUUAAAAAGAGGGAAAAAAAGACAAAUAUUAGCCAAUAGUUUUGUAGUCACUGGAAAUCAGUGAUUAUAUGCAGAUUUAUUCUCAUGGAUCAAAACACAGAAGUGAGUGAUUUCAGAAUUACAUUUAAGAUUUUUUUUAAAACAACAUUAAAUCGUUUUAAGUACAUGUGCAGAAUAAUUCUUUACAAUAUUUUUGGAUUUAGAACAGAAUAUGAAAAGUAAUGAUUUGCAGUGAUUCACAGGCAGCAUUUGUGAAGAUUCAAACAGGAAGUACAAAUAAUUAUUUUAAGCUUGACGAUUUAGAAAGUAAAUAUUGGUAUGCAGAUACAUUUAUCUAAAUCUGAGGAUAAAUGCAUAGUUUGGAGGGAAGUAAGAAGUUAUGGGAAAAGCAGUGGAAAAACGAGGUAAAAGGGAGACAUGCAAAUAGAGUGGAAAAAAGUAUUGAUGUUAUAAAAAAUUGAGAGAUGAGAGAUAAGUCGAAUAACUUUUUAUCGGUAUUUUUUGAAAGGUAUGGGAAACAAAUUUAUAAUUAAUAAAUAAACUAUAUAUUUUUAUUAGUUGUAGGAAGAAUGUGAAUCAAAGCAUAACCUUGGAGAUUAGUAGGGAAGUGAGGUCUGAAAUUGUGGUUGCUCGAUUAAAUCAAAUUGAUAAGAAACACUGGAUUUACAGACAGUGACAAGAAAAUGAUGUUUACAUGUAUGGUCCAAGAGAUGGCAGUAGUGCAACUAUUUGAAUGCAAACUGCCGGUCACAACCAAAAAAAGAAGUAAUAUCAAGGUUGGUUUCGUCCUGCUCUUCGAUUAAACCGUUUUUCACAUCUUGUCUCAUUGUGAGCUCUCAUAGUAAUUGCUGUCGACCUUUAACACUGAUGUUCGUCUGUUUUAGCAGCUCCAACACUCUGUGAGAGACCAGUUAGCCGCCGAGCUAUCUGAGAAGCUAACUCUAAGGAGAAGAAGCAGCUAUUUUCUAUUUAAGACAAAAGCACAAAAACGUUUCACAAGGUGAUUGUUGGUCAUGUGUGGACGUUGUGCGGCUAUCCGCUCUUCUUCUGAGGAAUAAAAACAGGACUAUCCGGUCUCCAACAGCAUCAUGUCUGAUCAGUUCCUAAUCCAACCACAAAGAAACACCAUUCAUGACCACACCUUGCCAAAUGAUCUGGAGACGAAAGAGGCACCAGAUCCACUGCAGAUUACAGAGAUUAAGGAGGAACCAGAAUAUCAACUGAUCAAAAAAGAACAAGUUGAGCUCAACAUCCCCCAUGACAAGAACUCUGUAGUGAAGCAGGAAGCUGACACCUUUAUGGUGGCUGCUGGUUGGGAUGAAAUAUGCCAGAGCACACAUGAACUGCAGAAAAUGACGGAGACAAAGGAGGAACCUGAACCAGAACAUAUUAAAGAGGAACUGCAGGAACCAGAACAGAUUAAAGAAGAACUUCAGGAACCAGAACAGAUUAAAGAUGAACUGAAGGAACCAGAACAGAUUAAAGAAGAACUUCAGGAACCAGAACAGAUUAAAGAGGAACUUCAAGAACCAGAACAGAUUAAAGAGGAACUGAAGGAACCAGAACAGAUUAAAGAAGAACUGAAGGAACCAGAACAGAUUAAAGAAGAACUGCAGGAGCUCUACAUUAAUCAGGAGGAAGAUCAGCUUGUAGUGAAUCAGGAUUCCUUCAGUGGAACUCCUCUGUAUGAGAACGAAGCUGAAGACCAACAUGAGGACAGAUGCAAUUAUGGCGCCAAGGUAUUGGAUGGAAAUCAAGAGCUGAUGGUGAAUCAGAGCGACAGUGUUGACUGUUCUAAACUCAAAAAGCUCCAGAAAAAAACUCGUUCUUGUAGAAUUUGUGGGAAACAUUUCAUCAGGAAAACUUCCCUGAAUUUUCACAUGAGAAUCCACAGCGACGAGAAGCCGCAUAGCUGUGAAGUCUGCAGUAAGUCUUUCUUCCAUAGCAGCCAUUUGGUUCGUCACAUGAGGAUCCAUACAGGCGAGAGACCGUUCUCAUGCAAGAUCUGUGGAAAAAGCUACAUCGAUAGAAGUAGCUUAAAUGCACACAUCAGAACUUACCUGGGAGAGACUUGUGGAUUGUACGAUAAAUCUUCCACCAAGAAUCAAGAUCUGGUUUGUCACGUUAGACACCACAAAGCCAGGAAGCUGUUCUCGUGUCCCAUCUGCGGAAAAAACUACACAACCAGAAGCAGCCUAAAAACACACAGCCUAGUCCACGGAGGCCAGAAGCCGUUCUCAUGUGGACUGUGCGAUAAAUCUUUUGCAAACAAAGGAGAUAUGGUUAUUCACAUCAGAGUCCAUACAGGUGAGCGGCCAUUCCCUUGUGGAUCAUGCAAUAAAUCUUUUAUAAGCAAUAGAGAUCUGGUUCGUCAUGUCAAACUGCACAAAGCUGAGAGACCAUUCCUGUGUACCACCUGUGGAAAAUCCUACACUGACAAUCGCAACCUUAAAUCACACAGCAGAGUUCACCUGCAGGAGAAGCCAUAUCCCUGUGACCUGUGUGCCAAAUCAUUUGUAAACAGGACCGACUUAGUCCGCCACAGGAGGACUCACACAGGCGAAAAACCAUUUUCGUGUGAAUUAUGUGGGAAAUUAUUUACUAACAAAUACACUAUGUUAAAACAUGCAACAACUCACACAGACAAGAAGCCUGAGGCGCUGUUUCCUUUUAAUCUUUCUGACAGCGUUCAGCUGGACGAUCACCUGAGGAGCCACACAGGUGAGCAGGUCUUCUCAUGCGUCACCUGUGGAGAGAAGUUCUCCAAACCGUACAGUUUGACUAUGCACAUCCGGACUCAUACAGGUGAAAAGUCGUACUCCUGUGAACUGUGUGGUAAAUUAUUCACUGCCAGAUAUAAACUGACUGCACAUGUAUGUGAAAAUAAACCUUAGAAAGAUGUUAAAUUUGUAAAACAUAAUUUAUUUGACCCACAGAUGGAAUCCAACCCAUAACUAUAUUAACUCUUCAUAUUACCUAUUUUAUCAUUUUACAAGACAUUUCAUACCAUUGCGUUUAAAACAGGACAAGUCAGGUUUUUUGUCAAUUGUGCAGAACCAAUGGAAUUAAAAUGCUCCAAUCC